AUGAAAAAGAUUAAUGAUAAUAAGAGUUCUGGCGGAAGAGUUGAAUUAGAAGUGAAUGAUGUUAAUGAGAAAUUAGCCGAAAAAGCAAACAAAAAUGAGCUUUUAGCUCUGAGUGAUAAAGUCAAGAACCACGUUCAUUAUAUAAGUUCAGACGAACAGAUUAUAACGGACUACCAUGGAUAUUUAACACAGGAUGAAGAAGUGAAGACGAAAGAUGUUAAUGAAAGAAGAUAUAAAUACAUUCGUGCUAAAGGUUAUGACAUAAGCUGUACUGUACAGUAUGACACGGGUAAAGCACAAGAAACAUUUGGUUAUACCGGUGAAAUUUAUGCCUCUACUUUCAAUGUUAACGGUGUACUAGUUGAACCAAAAUUUACUUUGAGGGUUAAGGCAAAAAUAACGUUUGAAGAUGCUAUUAAAAGUAAAGCUGACAAAGUUGAACUUGACGCAAUGAACAAAGUUUUGAAAUCUCAUAAACACAACAUCUCCGAUAUAAAUGAACUUCAAGCUACAUUAGACAGUAAAGCAGACAAGAACCAUACACAUAAAUCCUUCACUACUGUUAGAGCAGACGACAUAAUAUUGAACUUUGACCUUGGUUCAAGUGCACCAUUAGAAAAUCCAAGUACAAGCGUAAAAGAUACUCUUAACAAUUUAGAUAAGAGUUGCAGGAAUAUCGAAGAUCAUGCCAGAAACUUUGAAGCAUAUGAACUACCCGCAAUGUUAGAUAAGAAAGCUGACAAGAACCAUACACAUAAAUCCUUCACUACUGUUAGAGCAGACGACAUAAUAUUGAACUUUGACCUUGGUUCAAGUGCACCUUUAGAAAAUCCAAGUACAAGCGUAAAAGAUACUCUUAACAAUUUAGAUAAGAGUUGCAGGAAUAUCGAAGAUCAUGCCAGAAACUUUGAAGCAUAUGAACUACCCGCAAUGUUAGAUAAAAAAGCAGACAAAACAGAGCUUCAAACAUUAAAGACUCAGAUUCUUGAAACAUUAUAUCCUAUAGGCUCUAUUUAUAC